AUGAGGGCGUGCAGACUCCAGUAUGCAGGAGCGCAGGAUGUGACCCUGGGGACGGAGGGAGGAGGACCGGACAGCCAGGCGGGGAGCGAGUCCAAACUGACCGUGGAGGAUCUGUUCAAACCCCAGUUUAUGGUCCACGACCCUGAAGCCAAAUGGAUUAAUGAUUCAGAAGUCAUCUACAGAAAUCGCGACGGCCACGUCAUCAAGUUCAACAUCCUCACAAACGAGACAGAGUUUGUCCUGACCAACACAACAUUUGUUAAUUUCAACGUUGCAAAAUAUUCUGUGUCACCGGACCUGAAAUAUGUGCUUUUUGCCUACGAUGUCAAACAGGUUUACCGUCAUUCCUACAUGGCCUCCUAUAGCAUCUACAACAUUCACACCAGGGAGGUGUGGGAGCUGGACCCUCCAGAGGUGCUUAACUCCGUCCUGCAGUACGCUGCCUGGGGUGUCCAGGGCCAGCAGCUGAUCUACGUGUUUGAAAACAACAUCUACUACCAAACAGACGUCAAGAGUAACUCCUUACGACUGACCUCAUCAGGGAAGGAAGGGGUGAUCUUCAACGGGGUUGCUGAUUGGCUGUACGAGGAGGAGGUUCUCCAGACACAUGUGGCCCAUUGGUGGUCUCCAGAUGGAGAGAGGCUGGCUUUCCUGGUCCUCAACGACACACUGGUACCCAACAUGGCCCUGCCUCGCUUCACUGGCACCAUCUACCCAAAGGGGAGGCAGUACCCCUACCCUAAGGCUGGAUCUCCCAACCCCACUGUGAAGCUGCUGGUGGUGAACCUAUACGGCCCCACACAUACACAGGAGCUUACCCCCCCGGACAGCCUGAAACUGAGGGAACACUACGUGACCAUGGUUACCUGGAUCAGCAAAACCAAGACAGCAGUCAGGUGGCUGAACCGUGCCCAGAACAUCUCCAUCCUGACCGUGUGUGACACGACCACAGGAGCCUGCGUCAGGAGGCAUGAAGAAACGUCAGAGCUCUGGCUUUCAAAGCAGAACCAGGAACCGGUGUUUUCCAAGGACGGCAACAGAUUCUUCAUGACGGUUCCUGUCAAGCAAGGAGGCCGUGGGGAGUUCCAUCAUAUUGCCAUGUUCACCACUCAGUUCAGAGCGGAUCAAAAUGAAGUUCGCCAUCUGACAUCAGGAAACUGGGAGGUGACGAAGAUCCUGGCAUACGAUGAGACCAACGAGAACAUAUAUUUCCUCAGCACUGAGGGAUCACCACGGAGACGACAGCUGUUCAGCGUGAAGACGGUGGGUCUGUUCCCCAGACGCUGCCUGACGUGUGAGCUAAAUAAGGCUCACUGUCUGUUCUUCGCUGCUGAGACCAGCCCCAGUAAUCAGCACGUCCUUCUGCACUGUAAAGGUCCUGGAGCCCCUACUGUGAUCUUGCACAGCCUCAACAACGCAAAUUACUACGUCCUUGAGAACAAUUCCUUGCUCAAGGCUGCCUUGAAGCACAAACGGAUUCAUCAAACUGAAUUUACAGCAGUUCAGAUGGAACAUUUUGACUUGCCUCUGAAGAUUUCUUACCCACCAGACUUCUCCGAUUCUCGUCACUACGGCCUGCUCUUGAUAGUUGACGGCUCCCCCGGUGGCCAGGCGGUGAGUGAGCGCUACCAGCUGGACUGGGACUCGGUGCUGGUCAGCUCAGACAGCGUGAUCGUGGCUCGCCUGGACGGCCGGGGCAGCGGCUUCCUGGGCCAGAGGAUCCUGCAUGAGGUCCACCAGCGUCUGGGGACCGUGGAGGUUCAGGAUCAGAUCGCAGCUGUCGAAUACAUGAUGAAGUUCCCUUAUAUUGAUCGGACACGGAUAGCAGUUUUUGGAAGGGGUUAUGGAGGCUAUAUUACACUAAUGAUGCUUAAAGCAACAGACAAGCUUUUUAAAUGUGCAGUUGCUAUGUCACCAGUCACAGACUGGAAACUCUACGCCUCAGCGUUCUCCGAGCGCUACCUCGGCAUGCCGCUACGGGACGACAGCAGAUAUCAGUUCUCCAGUGUUUUGCAGAACGUGCAGUCUCUUAGAGAACAGACCCUAAUGCUGGUCCACGGCACUGCAGAUGCCAACGUUCACUUCCAGCAUUCUGCAGAGCUCAUCAAGAACCUUGUGAAAGUUGGAGCAAACUACUCGAUGCAGAUGUACCCAGACGAAGGCCACUUCCUGUCUCAGAGGAGUCGACAGCACCUGUCCGCCACGCUCACCAGCUUCUUCAGGGCCUGUCUCCAGGAGGACGUCCUGCCCGAGGAGGAGGAGGAGGAGGAGGAAGAGGAGUAGCACACCUUCAGCAGGACUCUCCACACUGGAAACCCUGGGAGACCUCUAGGCUUUUGCCACAUGGACCAAGUAUUGAUACAGAGACAAUGAGAACAGCUGAUAUUGAUGCUUUGUGACGUGUGUGCGAAGUGUGUGUGUGUGUGUGUGUGUGUGUGUGUGUGCGUGCGUGAAAGUUGGCGGAACAGCGGUUUGUUUGAAUUUGAAACUUUGACGUUUGCCUGUGUCUGUGUGUUUGGGAGUACCUGCGUGUGUGUAUGUGCAUGUGUGCAUGCAUGUAUGUGCGU